AUGGAGGCUUCAUUCCAACAACAGCUGAAAGAAAACAAUGCCAGAUUCCAGAAAGUUCUGGAAGAAAAGAUGCCAGAUGCAAGCAAGAGCAGGAAAUCAUGGAAGCUCGGUUCCCUCAACAGCUAUGAAAUUAAAGGACGCCAUUUUCCAGAACAAGAUGGAAGAAAAGGAUGCCAGCCUGAGGAUGGAGCAGGAAAUCAAGGCUUGGUACCGACGACAGAUAAACAAAAGGAUGCCAGCUUCUGCAAAGUUCUGGAAGACAAGGAUGCCAGCUUUGUGAAAGAGCGGGAAAACAAGGAGGCUUGGUUCAGGCAAAAGCUGAAAGAAAAGGAUUCUAGCUUCCAGCAAGUUCUGGAAGACAAGGAUGGCAGCUACAGGAAAGAGCGGGAAACCAUGGAAGCUUGGUAUCAACAACAGCUGGAAGAAAAAGAUGCCAGCUUCCAGAAAAAGUUGGAGGAAAAGGAUGCCAUCUUCCAGAAAGAGCAGGAAGACAAGGAUGGCAGCUACAGGAAAGAGUGGGAAACCAUGGAAGCUUGGUAUCAACAACAGCUGGAAGAAAAAGAUGCCAGCUUCCAGAAAAAGUUGGAGGAAAAGGAUGCCAUCUUCCAGAAAGAGCAGGAAGACAAGGAUGGCAGCUACAGGAAAGAGCGGGAAACCAUGGAAGCUUGGUAUCAACAACAGCUGGAAGAAAAAGAUGCCAGCUUCCAGAAAAAGUUGGAGGAAAAGGAUGCCAUCUUCCAGAAAGAGCAGGAAGACAAGGAUGGCAGCUACAGGAGAGAGUGGGAAACCAUGGAAGCUUGGUAUCAACAACAGCUGGAAGAAAAAGAUGCCAUCUUCCAGAAAAAGUUGGAGGAAAAGGAUGCCAUCUUCCAGAAAGAGCAGGAAGACAAGGAUGGCAGCUACAGGAAAGAGCAGGAAACCAUGGAAGCUUGGUAUCAACAACAGCUGGAAGGAAAAGAUGCCAGCUUCCAGAAAAAGUUGGAGGAAAGGGUUGCCAUCUUCCAGAAGAGCCUGAAGAGAAGGAAGCUUGGCUCAGGCAGUGCUUGGAAGAAAAGGAUGCCAGCUUCCAAAAAGUUCUGGAAGACAAGGACGCCAGCUACAAGUCAAAGCAGGAAACCACAGAAGCUGGUUCCAACAACAGUUGGAAGACAAAGAAGCCUGCUUCCAGAAAAAGCUGCAGGAAAAUGA